UCAAGUUUGCAGACAUUACCUUUCCAAUCAGUCGAAGAUGGCCAGAUUCUCGUACUCUAGCCUUGGGUUCAAUCUGAUAGUUGCAGUAGCAGUUUUUUCCGUGCUGUAUGCACAUGCACAAGAUCAGGAGGAUUAUCCACCACAGUGUGACACUCCGGAUGAAUACAUUGACGAGAUGCUGGCGAAGUGUAACGAAUCUGAAGUCAAUACAGGUGUAGGAUCUGCUAAAUGCUGCUAUGCAUUAGGCGCUAUGUACGAUGUUCAAGACAUUUGCAUCUGUCAGAGGAUCUGGGAAAAAUCUGGAAACGUGACGUUUCCUAAAUGGGACUCGCUGUUCAUGAACUGCGCUGAAAAUGAAAGAGGCCUCAAUUGCCCCUUCUGACGUAUUUAAUUUUCAAGCCCUGGAGCAAAGGCCAGGAAGAAUCCACCUUACACACCAGAAGUUUUCGAUCAAACUCAGGUCUAGGGGAUCUGCUUGCCUGUCUUCUCGUCUUCAUGCGCAGUUUCAAAGUGCAAUCGUCUGACCUUCAGCUAUUCACACCUAGCUGGUAUUCUUGGACACUGAGACAUGGUAAUAACAUCUUGAUUGCUCAAUCUUCACUGUUGGAAAAGUUGCCCCAAAUCUUCCAAUAGUCAAGUGAGUCAAACCAGCGCCUAGUUAUAUGGCUGUAGUAGGAGAUAAAGACUACAAUUACGAUCUAUAAAGAUGU